AUCCACACUGAAAAUUCUCAUUUUUGUUGUUUGUUUUCCGUAUUUGGUAUGAUAAUACCAAUGGCUUCCUCUUCUUCAUGAUAUCAAACGACAACGUUUUGAAACAGCGAAUGGAACCGCCGCCGUUGCACCACCAUCAUCAGCAGCUAUUGAAAAUGAAGGUCUCACCGCCGCCGCCGCAUCACUCCGACAACGACCGUAGCAGCAGUGAACUUCGCGCCGUCGAUUGCAACCUCAAUUCCCUUUGCGAGCACAUCCAAUUGGAAGGUUUCAACGGCGGUUCCUUCUCCGACGUCGUCGUAAACGCCAUGGGAUCCACCUACCACCUCCACCGUCUAAUCCUCUCCCGUAGCUCCUACUUCAGGAAUAUGUUGCAGGGACCUUGGAAAGAAGCCAAAGCUCCAAUAGUAACGUUAAACGUCGACGAUAACAACGUUAACAGUGAAGCUAUAGCCAUCGCGUUGUCUUAUUUGUAUGGACACCAUCCCAAGCUUAAUGAUAAUAAUGCGUUUCGCGUUUUAGCUGCUGCUUCAUUUCUUGAUCUUCAGGAUCUAUGCGCCAUAUGUACGGACUUUAUCAUAUCUGAGCUGUGGACUUCGAAUUUCUUAGCACAUCAGGUGUUUGCUGAGAGUCAAGAUUAUGGGAUACAUGGGGAAAGGGUGAGAAAUGCUUGCUGGGGCUAUCUUUGUCAAAGUGGUGCGAUGGAAUUGAAAGAGGUGUUACCUAAACUUUCUUCUCAGACUUUACAUGCAUUGCUGACCUCUAAUGAGCUGUGGGUACAUAGUGAAGAAAAACGGUUUGAGCUCGCAUUGUAUACUCUCCUUGCGAAAGAUGCUUUUUUCCAGGCUGAACAUUCUGAUCAAGGAAUUUCAUCUGCUAAGAUGGCAAUGGGCAGUUCUCCUCACUCUUCUAAAGCAAAGGGAAAAAAUUUAGUUGAUAGCUGCCCUAGUAAGAGAUUGGAAUCUACAAUGGAACGCCUAAAUCUAAGAGAAGAUCACCUGGUUGAGCUUGCAGAUUGUGUGGUUGACAUCCAGACAGGUUUAUCUAGCUCGGACCAACAGGUGCUGCAACCUGAAUAUUCUCGCUUGGAGCCUAUGUAUGCUGGCAACAGUUAUAAGUCUUCAUCAACAAGUAGCCCAUUUUCAGAUGCAGAGGGGAUAAGAACUUCAUGUUCAUAUGUUGAAGUCCCAGUUGGUGUUGGAACAAGUGGAUUGAGAGCCUGUGGAAUGGGCAUGGAGGGACCAUCCAAGGAAGGCUCAUGCUACCAUUUGAGUAACAAUAAUUGGUUUGCAAGUGAUCAAUCGAGGCAUUGUUCUUCUGUGGACUCAUCCGGUAGUGAGCUAAUGUUGAAUGAUUGGGCAAGAUAUGGUGUGGCUUCUCUUUCUUGGGGUGGCAGGGUUGUGGGUAAAAGACAGGUAAAAAGCUAUGCAAAAGGGAACUAUGGGGCUCAUGUUGAGGAAUAUGAUUCUUUCGUCAAUAUAUUUGAAGGGGGUUCACUUCUAUAUUGCAACAUGUCCUUUGAGGCACUUUUGAAUGUGAGAAAGCAACUUGAAGAGUUGGGAUUUCCUUGCAAAGCUGUGAAUGAUGGUCUUUGGGUGCAGAUGCUAUUAAGCCAGAGGGUGCAAGAAAUUGGAGCUGACACAUGCAAGAAUUGCUGUCUUACUACUAUGCAAUGCGCUUGCAGGCAGCCUUUUGGACUUCAGCAUGGAGUUGCUACUGCAGGUUAUCAUGUGCAAGAGAACGAUCAAAAUCAUCUAACUGGCAAUAUUGGAAAUGUGUAUGUGGCUGAUAAUUCCCAAGGUGAAGGAAAUGGCCUCUUUGGGCCAGUAAGAGUCCAUGUUAGGAGACCUAUUGAUGGGUUGGCUGGUAUUGGACGUGGUGCUACUUUUGUUCCUGCCACUGCAUGGCCUCCAACUCGUUUUGUCUUUUCCCGUGUGCCCUUUGGUACAGGCAACAGGAAUGGCCAACAGUCUCUUGCUAAUGAUUCGGAGGCUAGAGCUGAGUAUGCCGGAGACAUGUCUGGAGGUGGUUUAACAGCUCUGGUUGAGUUAAGCCAAGGAGGAAGUAAUGCCUCUAAUGUUCAAGGAGAAACCGAAAGGAGUUAUGUGACGGAUAUGCAAAGCAGAGUUCCUGUAAUUUCUGCUGCUGGGCCAAGUGCUAGUGGAAUUGCCAUGCACAUGCUCGAGUCACCGGAACAGACCAUUGGAAUUGAGUGGGAGAGUGCAACUAGUUCUUCUAUAUCGUUGGACAUGAAAACUCCUCUGAAUAACUUCCCUCCCUUUCGUUUUGGGGUUGAAUUUGAGGAUGUACUCAGGCUAAGUGAUGGGCAAGUUGAGCACUCUCCUGAAUUCUUUUAUGCGGGUUCCCUAUGGAAGGUUAGUGUUCAAGCCUUUAAUGACGAAGAUCCUCAAGGACGUAGGACUCUCGGCUUAUUUCUUCACCGGCGGAAGGCUGAAAUAACCGACUCUCUGAGAAAGGUUCACAUGUAUGUGGAUUCUCGUGAAAAGGUUACUGCCCGAUAUCAGUUAAUUUGUCCAUCAAAGCGAGAAGUCAUGAUGUUCGGAAGCUUCAAACAAAGAGGAACACUCUUACCAAAAGCUCCCAAGGGUUGGGGAUGGCGGACAGCUCUGUUGUUCGAUGAGCUUGCCGAUCUUCUUCAAAAUGGUGCCUUGAGAAUAGCUGCUGUGGUGCAACUUGUCUGAAAAUAUUGAUGUUGGACACAUGUCCAGACAUGAUUUCUUAUCGUUACAGAUGAGGCAGACUUAAAGCUCGAUAUCCAUUGAUCUGUGCAGCUUUUUACGUUUAGUGGAUGAUCAAUCUGACCAUUUUUCCUUCUUUCAUGGUUAAUUAUAUGCAAUUUAAGUAUAAUAAAGUACAGAUACAUAAAUUUUGGUCAAGUUGUAUAAAAAGUUUUAUGUAUUGUGUGUUUUUUGUGAAAU